AUGCCAAUAAAUUUUGGGAGAAGUCAUGCACUCGAGGUGAGUUGAAUGCAGAAAAAUUGAAUUUUUAUUUUGAAAAAAAAAUUUGGUUUAGGGUAAGUUGAGCGAACACUUGUUGAAAUGGAUAAAUGAACGGGUACCUGCCGGAGAUCCGAUUCGAAUCUCCAAUUUUGAAUGUUAUGAUCAUGUUGAUGAUCUCGGAAAAGGACGAUUUGGGCAGGUGAGCUACGUUUAUUGGUAAAAAAAACUAAACUUGAGCCGAAAUUCUUCUUCUUUUGAACUUAUGAAAUUAUUUUUAAAAUUAUUUUGCUUAUAGAAAUCUUCUCUCUGCAGCAGAAAAAAAUUAUGCUAUAUUUAUUUCAUAAACAACAGAUUCAUAACAAGAGAAAUGAAAUUUUCAAAUGAUUUUUCGAAAACAGUUUUCAGUUUUCCCAAAUCAAAAUUCAAAAUAAACAACAUAUUUAUUCCAGGUUUGUAAAUAUGUGAAUAACAAUACAAAACUCUAUGAGACUGUGAAAAAAGUGAAAAUGAGCAUGUUUGACCAUUGGUCGCAGGACGCUGCAAAAUUAUCGAAUGUGAGUUUUUUUUUAUUUACAACCGUUUACAACCUUGUUCGCUUUUCAGAGGCUUGAUAAUUUUAUACAAGAAUUUCGGCAUCUUCAUAAAAUCAGCAACGAUAAUGAAAGAAUUGUGAAUUUUAUUGGAUUUUAUUCUGAUUCGUAAGUUUUUGAACUUCAUUUUAAAAAAUAAGAUUAGUGUUUUUCAGUACAAAUAUUUUCAUAAUGUCUGAAUAUUUACCAAAAGGAUCUUUGAAAGAUUUAGUGAUGAGAGAAAAUGUCGAGGAAAGUGUUGCAAUGCGAUAUUUGUUGGAGGUGAGUUUCAUACUUCAAAAACUAUCAAAGAAAAACACCAGCAAGAUUUCAGGCUACGGAUGCUUUACAAUAUCUUCAUUCACUUUCUCCUCCUGUGAUUCAUCGAGAUAUAAAAGCAGCGAAUUUAUUGUUGUCAAGUCAUGAUCAUGUGAAACUUGGAAAUUUCGGACUGGUUAGAGAUCUUGCGGUGGAUGGUUUUGGAGCUGUGAUAUCUUCAGAAAUCACAUUUGAUUUCCGUGGAACUUUGCUUUAUGUAGCUCCUGAAGUGUUGAAUAGUGAACUUGGUCCAGGAAAUCGGAAUGCUUACAAAACACCAGCUGAUAUAUGGGCAUUGGGUUGCACAUUUGUAGAGAUUUUGCUGAAAAAUCCACCACAUUUUGAGUAUUUCGGGCAUGUUAGUGAGAUACCUAAAGUUUUAUUUGGAUAUGCUAAAAAAGAUAACGGAGAGGUAACUUUUUAGAAUUCACGAAUUCAAACAUCUAGGAUUUUUUUAAAGGAUUUGCCAUACACCGCAGAAGUUCUAGUUCCAAGUUCAUCAAAAUCAGUUCAAAGAAUAGUUGAUGCAAUUUUUGUGAAAGAUCCAGCAAAUCGUUUAACUGCAAAAAAUCUGAAGAAGCUGGUUAAUCGUGUCAUAACAAAUUUAGAUAUUGAUAGUGAAAAUGAAUAUUAUGAAGAUGGACUUGUUUCGGAUAGUGUGAGUCUUUUUUUUUUUGAAAUUUGGGCUUACAUCACUUUGAGGGAAUGCAGAAAACUAUUUUUCAUUUACAAAAAAAUUAAUAAAAAAAUACAAAAAAACAAUUUUUUCCAACCUUUUUUGUUUUGUGUUCUCUAUAUUUUUAUUGUUUUUGUUUUUCUGCAUGAAAAAUAUAAUAUAUUUCAUCACGCAAAAAUUAUCACGUGAAAAAAUUCUGCAGUUUUACCUUUAUACACUAUUAACUAAUCAUUUAAUCAAGAAAUAAACAGUAAAUAUUCAAAACCGCGCGCGUUUACCUCAAACUUGGGUAAUUGAACCGGCCUCUCUGCAUGCAUAAAAUAAGCCCCGCCCCUUUUGCAUGCAAAACAUAGCGACAUGCAUUGUUGUAAAGCGGUAAUCAUAUGAAAAAUAUAAGAGCGGAGAAAGGUGUUUGAAAUUCAUUCCAUGUAGUUUUUGUUGGUUUAAAAAAAAAUAAAAAGUGAAAGCAAAAGAGAUUACUGUGUUACCGUAAUCUUAUUUGUUUAUAUUUAUUCAGAUGUAAUUUUCAUAAAAAUUGCAGAAAAAUAUUGUCUUUGAAUAAUGAGAGAGAUAUUUGAAACUGUUUUGAAAAUACUCAAAAACUUCUAGAAGCAAUCAAAUUAGUCAAUAAUUUAUCAUGAAGAUCUAACUGUGAAUUAAAAAAAAUGAAAAUUUUCAGAAUAGCUCAACAGAUGAUCUAUCAGUAUGUUUUUUCAAACAUUCACCAAGAAAAAUAGGAAAUGCUUGUACAAGUCAACCAAUUGAAACAUUAGAAAAUGGUGUGACAAAAAGAGAAAAACCAAAAAAGAAACGAAAAGGUACAGAAUCUUCACAUAUUCUACUGUUUAUUGGUUAUUUUGGAUCCAAGAAUUGCAUAUUUUUUGAGUGAGUUGUGUGAAACAAAAAAGAAAACUUGACAAAUAAAAUGAAAUCAAAAUGAAUUUUUCAGGUAUAUUGUGCAAAUCAGUUUCAUAUUUAUUAUUAUUUUUAACGUUUGGUAUAGCCUGCCUGGGAAUGUUUUUAGCUUUAUCAUUUGGUUUGGUUCAUUCGUUCAAAUUAUUAAUAGAAAUGUAUUGUGAUUGUGAAUUGACUGCUGAUAGAUAUUGGAUUAUUGGUGGUAUUUUAAUGAUAUUAUUGUUUGCUCUGUUUUUCAGGUGAGUCUAGGUUUAUAAUCAUAAAAAACUGAAACCUGCGUCAUAAUUUUAAACAAAUAUUUGGAAAGAUAAAUAUGACUACGUGAUACAUUUUUCAAAAACUUGGAAAUUAAUUUUGGUCAUGUUUAUGAGAAAAAAAACCAUUUCAUAUGACAUUAAAUAUUGAUAAUUUCCGGAAUUCAGCAACAAUACAUUUUUUAUUGUUGUUUGGUGUUUGAUAAUUUGACACCCACUCAUCAAUUCAGCUUCAAUUAUGAUAAUGUUUGUAAACAGAGAGCGAGAGAGAGAGAGAGUUCAUGUGAAACGUCACAAAACGUAUGUUCUUACGUUUUCGUUUUUUGGUCGAUGCUGAAUUAUGUUGUGAAUGUCAUUAAUGAAAUAAAACAUGUGGGUAGAAAAGGGGUCAGAAAUUUGAAAGUAUUUGAAUAGUUAGAGGUGCAAAUAAUAUUGGUUUUGAAAGAGAGAAACAGCGCCAAACUAUUUACUAUUAGCCAUUGGACAUGAUCUUUUACUGUUUUAGCAAAUAAUGAAAUUGUUUUACUAAUGUUUGAGAAGCUUCUAUUGAAAAUCUCCCAAAGAAUGUACUUUUCAAAAUGGUUUUUACAAAGUUCUAUCAAGUACAACUAUGUUUCUUAUUCAAGGAAAGAAUAACGUCCAACUCUGGAUACCAUUAAUCACAUUGACGAUCAUUGAUCUAUCUCAACAAUAACAAUAUUCCGUUAUAAAAAAAACCAAAUUUUUCUACAACAAAAAAUCUACAAAAGCUUCAAUCCCUAACAAAAUUUCAAGAAUGAAACUAGAUAUUCUUAUUGUUUAUUCAACAUAUUGUUAUAUUCUCUCCCCUCAAAAAAGUCAUAAAUUCCAGUUGCUGUAUGGUUGCCCUUGGUGAAUACAAAUUUCGAAUGGCGAAUCGAACAUUAAGGGAAUCCAGGUAACAGAAUAGAUUAUGAAGAACAUUUUUUCGAAAAAUACAACGAAAACGUUUUCCAGGUUUUUCAUAUCUCGCCCUGAGAAAUCAGCAAAACUUCUUGGAGUCACACUGUUUCCUGGAAAAGAUGCAAACUCGAAAAAAGUUGAAGCUAUUCCUGAAGAAGAACACAGCGGACACGAACAAUCAAGAAAUCAUGAUGAUUAUUACUACGAUACUCCUUAA